CUGGCCAGUGCUGAGGGGGCGCGGCGCGGAGGGGCGCGGAGCCGGGCGGCUCGGGGGCCCAGAGUGCGCGGCGGCCGGGAGCCCGCUGGCUCCUGACAGCCCCCUCCCCCCCGGCGGACGACCACGACGACGACUGCGAGGGCGCGAGUCAUGGCGGAGCAGCGAAGCCAGCGGGGGCCCUGAGCACCGCCGCAUGGAGCGGGACGAACGGCCACCUAGCGGAGGGGGAAGCGGCGGGGGCUCGGCGGGGUUCCUGGAGCCGCCCGCCGCGCUCCCUCCGCCGCCGCGCAACGGUUUCUGUCAGGAUGAAUUGGCAGAGCUUGAUCCAGGCACCAAUGGGGAGACUGACAGUUUAACACUUGGCCAAGGUCAUACACCUGUUUCUGUUCCAGAUGAUCGAGCUGAACAACGAACCUGUCUCAUCUGUGGGGACCGUGCCACAGGCUUGCACUAUGGAAUCAUCUCCUGUGAGGGCUGCAAAGGCUUUUUCAAGAGAAGCAUUUGCAACAAACGUGUGUAUCGGUGCAGUCGUGACAAGAACUGUGUCAUGUCCAGGAAGCAGAGGAACAGGUGCCAGUACUGCCGCCUGCUCAAGUGUCUCCAGAUGGGCAUGAACAGGAAGGCCAUCAGAGAAGAUGGCAUGCCUGGAGGCCGGAAUAAGAGCAUUGGACCAGUCCAGAUAUCAGAAGAAGAAAUUGAAAGAAUCAUGUCUGGACAGGAGUUUGAGGAAGAAGCUAAUCACUGGAGCAACCAUGGUGAUAGUGACCACAGUUCCCCUGGGAACAGGGCUUCAGAAAGCAACCAGCCCUCACCAGGCUCCACACUAUCAUCCAGUAGGUCUGUGGAACUAAAUGGAUUUAUGACGUUCAGGGAUCAGUACAUGGGGAUGUCAGUGCCUCCACACUACCAAUACAUACCGCACCUUUUUAGCUAUUCUGGCCACUCACCACUUCUGCCCCCACAAGCUCGAAGCCUGGACCCUCAGUCCUACAGUCUGAUUCACCAGCUGAUGUCAGCUGAAGACCUGGAGCCAUUGGGCACACCCAUGUUGAUUGAAGAUGGAUAUGCUGUGACACAAGCAGAGCUAUUUGCUCUGCUCUGCCGCCUGGCCGACGAGUUGCUCUUUAGGCAGAUUGCCUGGAUCAAGAAGCUGCCUUUCUUCUGCGAGCUCUCAAUCAAGGAUUACACUUGUCUCUUGAGCUCUACAUGGCAGGAGUUAAUCCUGCUUUCAUCCCUCACAGUUUACAGCAAGCAAAUCUUUGGGGAGCUGGCUGAUGUCACUGCCAAGUAUUCACCCUCUGAUGAAGAACUACACAGAUUUAGUGAUGAAGGGAUGGAGGUGAUUGAACGACUCAUCUACCUAUAUCACAAGUUCCAUCAGCUAAAGGUCAGCAAUGAGGAGUACGCAUGCAUGAAAGCAAUUAACUUCCUGAAUCAAGAUAUCAGGGGUCUGACCAGUGCCUCCCAGCUGGAACAACUGAACAAGCGGUAUUGGUACAUUUGUCAGGAUUUCACUGAGUAUAAAUACACGCAUCAGCCAAACCGCUUUCCUGAUCUCAUGAUGUGCUUGCCAGAGAUCCGCUACAUCGCAGGAAAGAUGGUGAAUGUGCCCCUGGAGCAGCUGCCCCUCCUCUUUAAGGUGGUGCUGCACUCCUGCAAAACAAGUGCAGUAAAGGAGUGACCUGUGCCCUGUACCUCCUUGGGCCGCCCGCAGUGCCUUGGGUGGGCAGGACAGGCUCCAGAAGAAAGAGCCAGAGACCAAGAUGGAGACUGUGGAGCAGCUGCCUCCAUCACAAGAAGAAUUUGUUUGUUUGUCUGUUUUUAACCUCAUUUUUCUAUAUAUUUAUUUCACGACAGAGUUGAAUGUAUGGCCUUCAACAUGAUGCACAUGCUUUUGUGUGAAUGCAGCAGAUGCAUUUCCUUGCAGUUUACAGAAUGUGAAGAUGUUUAAUGUUACCGUGUUGUCAUUGUUUAGAGAUAGUUCUUUUUGUAUUUUGAGGGAGAGGGUGGGAUGGACUAGAUGAAUAUUUCCAUAAUGUUGACAAAGACAACUACCUCAAUGGAAACGGGGGUAUGACCAUCCCUACCUUUUCCACAUUUUCUCAGCAGACCGUACACUUGUCUGUUUGAGAGCAAACUGCCUUUUUAUAGCCACAGACUUACUAAGUAAAAGAGUACGCCAAAGGAGCGAAGUGGUAUAGGGAGAUUUACUAAAGAGGUGGGUGGGAUGUUUGAGAGGCAAUUUUGAUUUUAAUCCUCAACAUUUGAUGGGGAUUAACCAUCAUCUCAUCCCACAAAGCCCAAAGGGCAGAAACUCUGCUCUUACUUUCUGCUGCACCCCUCCCACCCCAGACACUGUUGUAUGUUGAAUGCUGCUGUCAAGUUUUCAUCCAGGUAGAGUCCUGACAAUAAAUUAGUGUAUAGGACUUCCCUCACAGCUCCCUUGGGGCUCACAGCUGCCUAGUUUCCUGACCCAGAUCUACCAAGGCCUACCUUUUCCAGACUCCAUCCCUCCCUUUUAUGAAUUUGAUUUUCUGUAAGUCCUUUAGAAAGGUGGCAGGAAAAUGCCAUGUUCUGAAUUCUGAUGCCAUUUCUGAUUUGUUUUUCUUUAGCUUGUUUCCCUCAAAAGGUAGAGGGACACAGGCCAGGCUGCUGAAAGAAUAAGACUCCUUUGCCAGCCCCUUUUCUCACCCCACCUUAUUCCCAGAACCAAAUCCAAAACUGCCAUUUUUAAACAUAGGAAGGACCAGAGACUUUGCUCCUAAAUUUUGUUGUAAGCCCUCUUAUUAUUUCCAAAGUGAUAUCAGUUUGCCAGGGCUCUGGAACAGAAAGCGAAGACCCAGAGAAAGCCCAUCUAGUCUUUCAAGUAUUAUCAAUGGUCUGGCCUACUAAGCCCUGGAGGGACGGAGCCAGAAGAACCUGGAAGGGAAAGGGGCUUUAAACUACCUCAUGUUUCUAAGGUCUUGCCUGCUGCUUCUGCAGAGGCAACCUGGACCCCCUGUGCUUUAUUGCCUGCCCCACCUAGUUCUAGGAAGAUUUCUUACCCUCCAGACUUUGGCCAGGACUACACCAGGUUUGUUUUAGGGUUGUUUCAGCGGCUUUUCCCUUUGCCCAUACCAGGCCCUCCUACAGCUAGUACCCCAGACAGUUGCUUCACUGGCUUGUAUCCCUUGGUGGGCCUGCCACACCCACAGUAUCUCCUUGAGCCUGUUUGGUCGGGAACUGUUUACUCUUCCCCAACAAAGCCUAUUAACUUACCCAGGAGGCCACCACAACCUGUGUAUCCCAGGUAGUCUCCAUUUGUCAGUUUUCCUGUCCACUGAAAUGUUACGGGUACCAGCAAAGUGACAGUUAUGUCACUUGAUGUCCAAAGUUCAGAGCAUCAUUACUUCUCAGUCUUAUUCCCAGCCACUCUGAGAGAGAGAGAGAGAGAGAGAGAGAGAGAGAGAGAGAGAGAGAAGAAAGAAAGAAAGAAAGAAAGAAAGAAAGAAAGAAAGAAAGAAAGAAAGAAAGAAAGAAAGAAAGAAAGAUGUGUUCUUCGGGAAAGUUCCAGAUAGAAUGUUUUUCAUGUGUUGGUGGGAAGAUACGUGUGUUGGUGUGUCUGUUUGUUUCUAAGUUCACAGUGUUUUUCUUGUUUGCCUGAAUUUUUGUAUUUAACCAAACAGAUCACAUUUUUUGGCUCCAGGUCAGAUUCUCAGCUGCUUUCCUCAAGCUAGGAAUCAGAGACAUGAAUCAGAGACAGCUCCUGUGUGCACACAACAGCUUUCUUUGCUUAGACCUCCAUUUGUCAAAUUGUUAGUUUUUUAAAUUGCUUUUCAAAUUAGUAUUUCACCUGUUGUGUUGAAUGUCAAAGCUCUGAUGAGGCAAGAAGGUGUCUCUCCAAUAAUGUAGUAUUAAACAGAGCAAGUUGUUAAUUUCUAGAGUAAGGGAAAGGUUUUGCAAGUUGCCAUUGUACAAAUCCAUUUUUACAAAUGUUUGCAGCAGAUUCCACAGAACAAAGAGCCCAUUCACUGCCAAGAGCCCUGCAGAAUCUCUGAGCCAAGUGGCUGUGUGUUCCGAGCUGGAGCCUGACCUGUGGACCGCCUUUAAUGUCUUCUGCACCCAGUCCUUUUAUGACAUGGGCUUCUUUUAAACAGGGUAAAGUAAAUGUGCUGCAUUGCAAACUCAGGUAUUAUGAGGAGAAGGUAGGAGUGUAGCUAGCAGCGUGGAGACAUUAGGUCAGCCACUAGAUGUAUUUGUGAUUUUGGUUUGAAGGACACAGAGAAAGGUUGGAGGGGGAGGUUUGGUAUGCUUGUUUUUUGCCUUUUUUCCCAUAAUGUUUGGUUAACAGGCAGCCUUUUAGCUAGUGGAAGAAGGAAAAACUUGUGCAUGUUAUAUCUCAAUCCUCUCUCUUCUGUCCUCUCUGAUCCAGGCCACUGAAAGUACUCACUUUGAGUGAAAAUUUUUCCACCAUAAAAAAAUAUAACCCCAAAAGCCAUGUGGAGAAGGAGAAUCCACCUCCUUGCACUAUGCCAAAACAUACAUGCUUUCCCCCUUUUCUUGUGUAUGCUGUCUUGACCCAAGACAAAAGUUUGGAGUCUCAGAGCUUUGUAGUUCCUGCUCCCUGAAUCCUUUGUAGGUCUUUUGUGUCCUCUGCAAGAUUUAGUAGUCUCACCCUUAGUUUGGAGAAAUUCCCUACAACUCAUCUCAAAGCACAUGACCUGGCUCAGGACACCCAGUACCCAGUGCCAACCUACAAGUGAAGGGGCAUGCCUCUAGGGUAGAAGGAAGCAGCCAGGAACCUCCCUGUCCUGAUCUCAGAACCAGUGGAGGGGGGAACAGCCCACACAUACAGCCUACCUGUGACUGCCCAUUGCUGAGGGAAGUGCACACUGCCAUGGCUGAGCCAGCUGUUAGCCUGCUGCCCUAUACCUCUCUCAUUUGUUCUUCCUGAGUGAGACAGAUAGGCAGCAGGUAGCCUUUAAGUUGUGACCACGCUUAGCCAAAGUAAAAGGGCCCUGACCUCCCAUAGGGCAGAAAGCAGAGUAGACAUCUGCAUCUCUGGCUUUGGAACACUGUUCUUUAUGGUUUUUCCUUGUUCUUCUUCUUUUUUUUUUUUUUUAAUUGCAGUUGUUUUAAGAAAUUCAGCCUUUCAGAACAGCCCUUCUACUAAACUUUGCUCUUUUUAUUUUCUUUAUUUCUCUUUUAAAAGUAAAAAAAAAAAAAGAAAAAAAGAAAAAAAGAAAAGAAAAAGAAAACCCACUAACUGACUCCCCCACCUUGGUCCAUGGGCAUACCCACACUCCCUCUGCCGUUGAUCCUCCUCCCUUUUCCUCAUGCAGUGUCUGUGAAGUAGUGUUUUAUCUGUGUCUUAGGAUGAAAAACGGCAAUCAUCCCACCAGGUGCUAGAAACUGGUCAGCCUUGAAGUGGGCGCUUCUGGGGCCACAGCUCAGGGAUGUGUAUUUAAUUACAGGGUCCCCAGAAAGCCCUCUCUUGGCUGCCACAAGUAGCAUAUUUUCUGGGCUUGAGAGUCAGACCCUGACUUCUUCCUCAGAGUGAGCAGCUACCUCUUUGGCUAGAUGUGGGUUUCCUCAAGACUUCUGACCAUCCUGCACAUGAGCCUCUCCACUGCUCUUGGGAAGCCUGGCCCCUCUGCCCAGGACAAAUCCUUUCUCAUCUGCAGUCCUAAAUAGCCCCAGCUUGCUCGGGUAUCAGUUAUUGGCUUAAAUGAAAGUUGUGGGGAAGGCCAGGGCCUGCUCUAAACCCUAGAAAAAUGUGUUACUGGUGGAGGCUAGUCUUCCAAACCCUGAAGCCAGCCCUGCCACCCAAAGGGUUCUCUUGCUCUUUGCUGACCUUUUUCUUAACUGAAAUUUAAUAGGUGAUAAUGUUUUUGACUCAAAUUUCCAUGGGGGAAAAAAAAGACUACCUCUUGAGUGACAUCCUGGUCGAUUCCUCUCUGAGGAGUCCUGUGGGAAAAGAACACUGUAGCUCCCGUGCUGUUUACAUGUUUCUGUCGGGAACAAAACCCUGGACUGUUGGUGUUUUUGUCUGUGUUGCCAUCCCAGGCCUCCGAUAGGGGCUUGUGGCUGCAUUGUAAUGUCUGGGCAGUGUCUGGGGAGUCCUUUCCACCUGCCCAGCUAGGGACGAGCCAUGCCUAGAAGAGGCCUCACCCCUUCCUGUGCUCCAUAGCUUGGAUUUCAGGGACUCUAAUGGCAAGUGCAUCAUGAGCCUACCUCAAGCUACCUCCCAGUCCUCCCACAGUCCAGUGUAGGAAUCGAAUGAAUGGAUGUCUCUGAGCCCUUGUUCCCAAAGGGCCGGCCAAGGGCUGCCUGCCAGCCUGGCUCCAUCAACCCUGCAUGACCAAGUGAUAGUUGGCGGGCUCUGCAGGCUAUUCAGGCCCUCUGCUACCUCCCACACUUGCCUGCUGGCAAGAGGUGGGCCCUGUUCUGUGAAUUGACUACCUGUGGAAAUGUGACCAAUUAGUGUGAAAUGCAUGUUAACAAGUAUUAGGUACUGUAUUUGAACCAAUAAAUGUGAAUCCUCUGCACGUGC